AUGCUGAAGAAGACACGUACAGGGACAUGGAUGCCCGCAUGGGUUCCCGAGUCCACCUUCACCCUAUGCGUUCUGUUGCUCAUAUCGUCUAUUGUGCAAUCUGCGAAGACCGGUGGGUAUGAUGGCUCGAUGUUGAACGGUCUCAACAUUUUACCAUCAUAUACUGAAUACUUCAAUUUAAACCCUGCAACUACCGGGCUGAAUACGGCUUCUGUUUUCAUUGGAGGUUUCCUCGGUCCUCUGGUAUCUGGUAUAAUCGCAGACCGGUUAGGUCGUCGCCCAGCGAUCUUCUGGGGUUCAUGCAUGACAAUCGUCGGCAUUAUCCUCCAGACUGCAUCGCAGAAUAUUGCCAUGUUCGUGAUUGCGCGAAUCAUCUUAGGUUUUGGCUCGGCCGUUACCGGUAUAGCUGGUGGGGUCUAUAUGUCCGAAGUGUUCCCCAGUCGAUGGCGCGCCUGGGGAGUGGGUUUAUUGAACGACUUUUACUACGUUGGUGCCCUCGUCGCAGCUGGUGUGACGCUUGGAACAGGGAAGUGGCAGUCCACUUGGGCCUGGCGGGCUCCCUCCCUUUUCCAAGCGAUCUUCUCGGUGCUUUGCAUUUUCACGCUUCCAUUCAUCCCAGAAUCUCCUCGUUGGCUUGUCCAUCAGGGCCUAUUUGAAGAGGCUCGCUUGUCGGUAGCGCAAACAAAUGCGCAUGGCAACCUCUCCGAUCCAAUCGCUCUCGCAGUAUUCAAAGAGAUUGUGGACACAUUGAGAUGGGAGAAAGAGCAUGCGCAUGCUAUGAGCCCGUUGGAAAUAUUGAAGAAUCCAGUCGCUCGAAAACGACUUCUAAUCGGAAUGUCUCCCGGGCCCUUCUCUUGUAUCGCCGGGAAUAUCAUUGCCUCGUAUUAUUUCGGCUCGGAGCUGGACACAGCUGGCAUUACUGAUACCAACGAUCAACUUAAAGCGAACGUGGUUCUGAAUGUCUGGUGCCUUGCAUGCUGUCUGAUCGGCACACAUCUAGCUGCCAGGUGGGGGCGGAAGCCAACCGCUAUGCUUUCCCAAGGGCUUCUUAUUACAUGUCUUUUUAUCAUCGGAGGUCUAUCCAAAUUAUACGCUGCUAAUCCCCAGGGGGCAUCCAACAGCCUUGUGUAUGGAAAUGUCGCUGUCAUGUUUCUCUUCCAGGGAUUCUAUUCCGUUGCAUGGACACCACUUCUUUAUCUCUAUCCACCAGAGAUCAUGAAUUAUUCCAUCCGUGCUAACGGUCUAGCGUUUUCAUCCUUCGUCUUGAAUGCAUUUGCUCUGGUUUUCACCUUCAUUAUGCCGAUUGGUCUGGGAAACAUCGGAUGGAAGAUGUAUAUGAUCAAUGCAUCGUGGGAUGUUGUGAUUCUCGGCCUGAUCGCUUAUUACUGGGUGGAGACAAAGGGCAAAACCCUUGAGGAGAUCGACGCGUUAUUUGAAGGCGAGAAACAUUCCUCGGUCCCGGACAUCGAGGUUCUCCGCCGCGGCGAAAAGGUCCUUGAUACCGAGUUAGUUAAGGAACAGCUCAAUAGUGUUCUCGCCAUUGUGAAUGUUGGAUAA